GUCACUGUAUCCGAAAUAACAAGUUCACAAUCACCUAAUAUUGCCACUAAUAAAGAUACACCUUCAAAAAUAGAUCUUAAUGCGUUAGCAAAUCUACCUGAUGAUCAGUUUUUUGACGCAUUGAAAAAGAAAUCUACAAAUCCAGAAAUAACACAAGAAUAUCGCGCAGUCCUUGAGCGUCUUAUUCAUAGUUGUGAAGUUGAUCAUCAAGUGGUAGAACAAAAAACAAAGGAAGUGGCUGAAUAUAGUCGUAAAAUUCUAGCUGUAUAUGAUCAAUAUCGAGUGCUAGAGAAGAUGUUCAAGGAGGAGCAUAAGCAAGUAUUGGAAAUAUUAGAUCAAAAAGCACAAUUAGAGAUAAAAGUGAAAGAGCAAGAGAAAAUAAUUGAACAAAAUACAACACAUUAUAACGAACUAAAACAACGUAUGGAGCUUCAAAGGGAUGAAUUUUUAAAACAGGCUACAAAACAAGCAUUAGGAAGACGUAAUAUUGAAACAAAGUUAAUGGAAAAGGAUGAAGAAUUGUCUAAUUUGAAAAAUGAAAAUGAUAAGCUUAAACAACAUAUAGCAAUCUAUGUAGGGCUUCAACAAUUACAGCAGCAGCAACUACGUCAACAGCAACAACUCCCAUAUCAACAACAGCAUCCUUAACAGCAAUAAUAAAAGUCAAGAGUUUAUGUAUCUUGCUUUGUUAUUUUAUUUUAUAUGUAAAGAAUAUAGUCUUCUAUUAUUAUUAUUAUUAUUAUCGUUUUUGUUUUAUAUCAUAUAAAAGAAUAUUAUCUAUAAUGUGUAUAAUUAUAUAUAUGUGGAUUUAGG